AAUCAUAGUAAGCUAUGUCUGUUCUGCUUUGGGAGGCUCAGCUUCCCUUUGGAGUUUGAUACUUUGCAGAGAGGAGGGGGUGGAGCAAAGAAAGAAAAAAAUGGGAAGUCAUGUCAAGGGAAAAAUUUUGUCUCCACAGAGUCCAAACUGUGCCCAUCUUUACUGCCUUUUUGUGUUGAUGUCAUUCUUUUCAGUGUACUCCGUGUUCUGGCAAAACACCGACGGCUCACGUCGUCCUCCCGGCCUCAGACGCAUUAAUACACCUUUGAGUUCCUCUUCUGGCCCUGACCUCCCUGUCAGUCUUCUUGUCAUGCUCUUUCCUCCAGUUGGACAGAUAAGAAUCACAAGAAAAGCAGAUGGCAUCCAGGGAUUUCUGCUCAUCUGGAGAAGGGAUGGAAAUACUCCAACAAGCAAACAGCUUCCUCCUUGUAACCUGAGUGAAGAGGACCUAUUACAGAACCCACACUUCAGCAAACUGCUGCUGAGUCUCUCACAACACAUGGACGAGAGUGGCUUAAGCCUCACACUGGCAAAGGAGCAGGCUCAGGCGUGGAAGGAAGUUCGAUUGCAUAAGACAACGUGGUUAAGGUCUGAAAUUUUACAGAGAGUCAUUCAAGAGCUGCUUGUGGACUACUAUGUGAAGACACAAGACAGAAAUUUAACUUCUGAGGACAAAAAGUUUCAUGAGACCCUUGAACAGCGGCUGCUCGUGACUGAGCUGACACAGCUCUUAGGUCCCAGCCAGGAGAGGGAGGUGCCCCCACUGCUUGGGCUGGAGAAGGUGGACCUUCUGGAGCUCAUGCCACCCUCAGAGGAUUUUAUGUGGAUGAGAGCCCGGCUCCUGCUUGAAGUGGAGGAGCAGCUCAAGAAGAAAUGUUUCACCCUGCUCUGCUACCACAAUCCCAGUUCAGAUUCAGACAGUGAAACCCUGAAGGCAGCAAAGGUAUGGAACCUCGCAGAGGUCCUGGUGGGUGAGAAGCAGCAGUGCCAGGAUGCCAAGAGCCAGCAGAAGGAGCAGAUGGUGCUCCUGGAGAAGAAGAGUGCCACCUACUCCCAGGUGCUUCUUCGCUGCCUGGCCUUGCUGCAGAGGCUUCUUCAGGAGCACCGGCUGAAGACUCAGUCUGAGCUGGACCGUAUCAAUGCCCAGUACCUGGAGGUCAAGUGCAGCGCCAUGAUCCUUAAGCUGCGGAUGGAAGAGCUCAAGAUUUUGUCUGACACUUACACUGAUGAGAAAGUGGAAGUUCAUCGUCUCAUUAGGGACCGUUUGGAGGGGGCCAUUCACCUACAAGAGCAGGACAUGGAGAAGUCCCGACAGGUCCUGAACACCUAUGAGGUCCUCGGGGAGGAGUUUGACAGGCUGGUGAAAGAGUACACCCAACUCAAGCAGGCAACUGAGAACAAGCGCUGGGCCCUCCAGGAGUUCAACAAGGCCUGCUGCUGAGUGUGGGUUAUUUCAAGAUACUGAAUACAGUUCCCUGCGCUAUACAAUAAAACGCCACUGAGUGAUAUCAAGUAUAUGAAUUACAAGCCUAUGUCUUAAGAAUGGGAACUUUCUAUUCAGAAAAAAUUGAAGAUAAUUGCUGGAAGUUUACUUGAACAUUAUUUUAAAAAUUAUUUUAAAGACUGAAGAAACUAAUACAAUAUAGAAUGGUCUUAGUUGUCAUUGUUAGAGAAAAGCAAAGAAAAAAAAUCCAAGUAAUUUAAAUUUGACUUUGAAAUGUGAUUUGAUAUUUACAUAUUGAGAUGAUGUGUCUGAUAUCCCAGACAUUAACAAUAUUUAAUAAACUAAAUAUUUUCCCAAUCAAAAAGGUUUUAAAAAGUGAGAAAAUUUUAAAAUAUUUAUUAAUUCAUUAAACAUAAUAAGCCCAUUGCAUGUUA